CUCCUUCGCUCUCUCUCUCUAGCUCUCUAAAAGGUCACUUUCUUUUUCCCGCUGAGAGCGUCUCAAUGGAGAGUCGUCUUCUUCCCACUCUGAUUCUUCAUCUCCCCUUGGCGCUGCUGCUGCUCUAUCACUCAGCUGCAGCUUCAUCUGUGCUUCAGAAGUUGGCGAGUGUAUCCUUCGAUGAGGGGUACACGCACCUCUUUGGAGAAGACAAUCUCAUAGUUCAGAGAGAUGGAAGGACAGUUCAUAUCUCUUUGGACAAAUACUCUGGUUCUGGUUUUGUCUCUCAUGAAUUGUACCAGUAUGGUUUCUUUAGUGCUUCGAUAAAAUUGCCGGCGGAUUAUACAGCAGGAGUGGUCGUCGCCUUCUAUAUGUCAAAUGCGGACAUCUUCGAGACAAAUCACGACGAGAUAGAUUUCGAGUUCUUGGGAAAUAUCCGGGGCCGAGAGUGGAGAGUGCAGACGAAUGUUUAUGGCAAUGGGAGCACCGCAAGAGGGAGGGAGGAGCGUUAUGGCCUUUGGUUUGAUCCCUCUGAGGAGUUUCAUCGAUACAGCAUCCUCUGGACUGAUACCCACAUCGUUUUCUACGUCGACAACGUGCCUAUUAGAGAGGUGAAGAGGACGGAACCGGUGGCCGGCGACUACCCCACGAAACCCAUGUCUCUGUACACUACCAUCUGGGACGGCUCCGAGUGGGCAACCUCCGGCGGCCGAUAUAAGGUCAAUUACAAGCUCGCUCCCUACGUCGCCCGUUUCACCGAUCUCAUCCUCCACGGCUGUGCCGUCGACCCGAUUGAGCUGCAACAGUCCGCCUGCGAUGGUGCCCAUUCCGUCCUCUCGGCUUUCACCCUCUCUCCAGAGGACAUGUCCGCCAUGGACAAGUUCAGGGACAAGCACAUGACCUACUCCUACUGCUACGACCGUGUCAGGUACCCCGUUCCACUGCCGGAGUGCGUCCUCCAGCCGGACAUAGCUGACAGGCUCGGCGAGACUGGGGCAACUAAAUUCGGCAGGCGGCGGCGUCACGGCCGUCGACAUCGCCGUUCUGCAUGAGCCCUUGAAUAAGUGCAGCACCACCAGGCACCAGCAGAAGCCAUUCAUGGGCGAUUCUUUUCAAGAGGUUGAGAUUGCUUUCACGUUUUGAUUCAUGGAACAUUAUGGUCUUUCGCUUCUGGGUUCUGUUGCCUUCACGUGUGUGUACAUAAAAAUUUAUUAAGGUGUUGUUAGUUGAUGGCUUUGGAUUCCAUCAAAAUGGUCACCUGGUCUCUCUGCUUCCCUCUAUAACCCAUCUAUUGUUGUUAUUGUCUUCCUAUGAUUGUUUCUCAAUGUACUUUCCCAUCCACAUUUUCCAUUUAAUAAUAUGACCAUGACUGUGAUAAUUGA